AUGGAGAUGGUGGGCAGUAUAGAAGACAUCCUUACUGAGAUUCUUGUGCGCGUACCAGCUAGACCUCUGGUCCGGUUCAAAUGUGUCUCCAAACACUGGCUCUCUCUUAUCUCCGACCCCAAAUUCUGUCACCGCCACACCCUCCAAAACCCCCGCUCAUCCAUGUCUGCUGUCUUUUCGGAUCAAAGUUCGUCAUGCACUGCCUUCUCUUUCAUCCCUCUUGAUGAUCUUGAUCAUGACACUAGAAGUAACCAAACUCUAUCUGGGUCACACAACUGCAAUCCUCUUAACUUGGUUCCAAACCUGCAUGAUGAUAUCAAGAUCAUCCAGUCCUGUAAUGGCCUCUUCUUAUGUUGUGAUCUCAAAAAAACAAGAGAAAAACCAUAUGCAUACUACUAUGUCCUCAAUCCCACUACCCACCAGUUCUCCACACUCGUUCCUCCAGCUGCUGCUACUACUUCUGGUCAGUCAUGCCGCAUCUUCGCUAAGGCUUUCGCUUUUGACCCUUCCAGAUCACCUCAUUACAAGCUGCUCGUCUUUUGGACUAACCUUCCAAUAGACAUGAAUAAUCAAAAUUAUCAAAUAAUAACGACGCAUCGACUACGAGAUAUUAACCUAGAUUUUAACAUAGACAUAUAUUCAUCUGAGACUAAAAGUUGGAGACUUGUCAAUUCCUCUGUCAGUAUGCCACACAAUUUCUUUUUCACUUAUGCUGAAGGGGUAUACUGCAAUGACGCAGUUCAUUGGUUAGAGUCGAAUCAAAACCAGCUCCUCUACUAUCACAUAGACGAUGAGCGUGUCGGACAUGUUGAUCACAACGGGUAUUCUGAAUUGUCUGACUCCAGUUUUCUUCAAGAGUCUCAUUGUGGCAGCCAUCUGCAUCUCAUUGAAAUCUACUUAAGUACUGUCUUCAUCCCACGUAUCGAAGUGUCGGAGAUGAAGAGAGACUACUCUGGUUGGUGUCUUAAGUACCAUAUCGAUCUCAGAGACAUUAUCCCCAAAUACCGAUGGUCGCACAUGACGGAAGUUGUUGCUGUGCUCUUUCUUACUCCAGAGGAAACUGAAGGAGAAGAAAGUUCAUCCUUGUUGCUACAUAUUCCUGGUCAAGUCAUCUCGUAUAAUCUCAAAAGCAAGAUCUCCAAAUAUUUUCAACUAACACCCAGGCAAGGUAUUGAUGAUAACCAACUACGUGUUACAAGCUAUAAUUUUCAAUAUAUGGAGACUUUGGCUUGUGUGUGA